AUGCCAGGUAUCCCUGCCAUGCCCCCAAUGCCUAUGCCCCCCAUGCCUCCCGGUAUGGGUAUGAUCCCAGCUAUGAGCAUGAUUCCUAGCGGGCCCCCUCCACCCGGUAUACACAUGGGCAUGGACCACUCUGGUUUGCCACCACCUGGCCUCACACAGGAUGAUCAGCUGAAGAUGGCUCAGCAUAGAGCAGCCAUGGUGUUACAGCAAGAGGAGAGAGCCAAGCAGAGCUGGCAGAGCGAGGAGAUGAGCGUCACUGGGCCCAAGAUCCCUCAGGCUCUGGAGAAGAUCCUCCAGCUGAAGGAGAUCAGACAGGAGCAACUCACUGAUCCCAUAGAGGACGAAGACGAAGAUGAGGGAGGAGAUAUGGAUUCAUCUGCAUUGCCCAUGUCUGAGACAGAUGACGACAGCCAGAUGUCUAAAAAAGAUAAAAACCGCAAACGCAGGAACCGCAAAAAGAAGAGCAAGAAGAAGCGAGCGCAGGAGAAGAAGGAGCAGGCGGAGCAGCAGCAGAAGGAGAGCAGCGACAAGGAGAAGGACAAAGAGAAGGAGCAAGAGGUGGAGAUUGAGUACGUCACAGAGGAGCCAGAGAUUUACGACCCCAACUACAUCUUCUUCAAGCGAAUUUUUGAGGCAUUUAAGCUGACUGAUGAUGUGAAGAAAGAGAAGGAGAAGGAGCCCGAUAAGUCAGAGAAGCACGAGACGGCUGUGCUGCGGAAAAAAGGAUUUGAGGAGGAGAAGAAAGACAGUGACGACAGUGAUGAGGAAAUCAGGCCGGAUGCCCCAAAACUAUCCAAGAAGAAGCUGAGGAGGAUGAACCGGCUGACAGUGGCUGAACUUAAACAGUUGGUGGCUCGUCCAGAUGUGGUGGAAAUGCACGAUGUGACGGCUCAGGAGCCCAAGCUGCUCGUGCACUUAAAAGCCACCAGGAACACGGUGCCGCGUAUCGCUCUGGGCAUGCCAGUUGGACCUAACGCCCACAAGGUGCCGCCUCCCUGGUUGAUAGCCAUGCAGAGGUACGGACCUCCUCCCUCCUAUCCCAACCUGAAGAUCCCUGGAUUGAACUCUCCCAUCCCAGAGAACUGUACUUUUGGUUAUCACGCCGGAGGCUGGGGGAAGCCCCCGGUAGACGAGAUGGGCAAACCCCUUUACGGCGACGUGUUCGGGACCAAUUCUGCAGACUUCCAGGCUAAGGCGGAGGAAGAAGAGGUGGACCACACAACGUGGGGAGAGCUAGAACCCUCGGAUGAGGAAUCAUCAGAGGAAGAGGAGGAGGAGGAGAGCGACGAGGAGAAGCCAGAUGAAACCGGAUUCUUCACACCAGCAGAUAGUGGGUUGAUCACCCCGGGAGGCUUCUCAUCAGUACCAGCCGGCAUGGAGACCCCGGAGCUGAUCGAGCUGAGGAAGAAGAAGAUCGAGGAGGCAAUGGAUGGGUGAGUGUUGCUCCACUCAG